UGGAAAAAAAAAAAAAAAAAAAAAAAACCAGCCUCCUGGAUGACUGCAGGUUUAGAGAUCUAAUCCCGAAAGUUUUGCGUGGUGUGCGUAUUUGCUUAUGCAUAUUCAUUAACCGGUUAACUCUUCAGCUAGUCCGAAAAUUGGCAUUUAAAAUAUUCUUUGAGGGACGUUACAAGCUCGCUGUUGCGUUCAGGCCUCGGGUUAUUUACCGGCUUAGUCAGCAUCCGUCCGCCCGAAGUGGUACCUCAGCCCGUCCCUUGGCCACGGGCCUUGCAUGUGACACUCUUGCCCUCUAGUGCCUCGCCAGCCUGGUAGCAGUUUGGCGGCUGAUAGCAAGAAGAUGUUACAUAACACAAGGGGACUGGGCCAGAACUGGCACUGCUGCCACUUGUGAAGCCGAAAAGCCCGAGCCUGUGGUGGUGGAUGCUGCUGUUUCGGUGUCUCUUGGAUCUGCUGAAACUUCCUCAAGCAUUUUCCGCGCCUUCGACUUUGAUUCCAGACUGCAUUUUCUGUGAGCCCUGAUCAAGUGACACAAAUGCGCUGCAAUGGUGACAUAAACUAUUGACUGAGACUGGACAAGUAGCUGAACCCCGUCUUUUCUUUUCUUCUUCUUUUUUUUUUUAUGGUGCUUCUAUUGGAACAGUCUGAGGAAAGUAUAUACAACAUGAGUUUUAUCAUGAAGCUUCACAGACACUUUCAAAGGACGGUUAUUCUGCUUGCCACAUUUUGUAUGGUGAGCAUUAUUAUUUCUGCCUACUACCUAUACAGUGGCUACAAACAAGAAAAUGAACCCUCUGAGAUGAUGUCAGAAGUGGACUGUGGGGACUUCCAACACCUACCAUACAGACUUAUGGAAGUCAAGACAAUGAAGCUUUCUGACACCUCGAGGACAGACCCCACAGUUCUGGUGUUUGUGGAGAGCCAAUACUCAUCGCUUGGUCAAGACAUAAUUAUGAUUCUAGAAUCCAGCAGAUUCCAGUAUCACAUUGAAAUUGCUCCUGGAAAGGGGGAUCUCCCAGCACUUAUAGAAAAAACUAAAGGCAAAUAUAUUCUCAUUAUUUAUGAGAAUAUAUUAAAGUAUAUAAAUAUGGACUCCUGGAACCGAAGCCUUUUAGAUAAAUACUGUGUGGAAUAUGGUGUGGGUGUCAUUGGAUUCCACAAAACUAGUGAGAAGAGUCUACAGAGCUUUCAGUUGAAAGGUUUCCCUUUUUCCAUAUAUGGAAACCUGGCAGUAAAAGAUUGUUGUAUUAAUCCUCAUUCUCCAUUGCUUCAUGUGACCAAAUCUUCCAAACUUGAAAAAGGUUCUUUACCUGGAACUGACUGGACAGUUUUCCAGAUUAAUCACUCAGCCUACCAACCAGUAAUAUUCGCCAAAGUAAAGACCCCAGAGAACCUUUCUCCUCCCAUCUUUAAAGGUGCUUUUUAUGCCACUGUCAUACACGACUUGGGGCUUCAUGAUGGAAUUCAAAGAGUUUUUUUUGGCAACAACUUAAACUUUUGGUUGCACAAGCUCAUCUUCAUAGAUGCUGUUUCCUUCUUGUCAGGAAAGAGGCUGACACUGUCCUUGGACAGGUACAUUCUUGUGGAUAUCGAUGAUAUUUUUGUGGGAAAGGAAGGAACAAGAAUGAACACCAAUGAUGUUAAGGCUCUGCUUGACACUCAGAAUCUUUUGCGUGCACAAAUCACAAAUUUUACAUUCAACCUGGGAUUUUCAGGAAAAUUUUACCAUACAGGAACUGAAGAGGAAGAUGAAGGGGAUGACCAUCUUCUGGGGUCUGUGGAUGAGUUUUGGUGGUUUCCUCAUAUGUGGAGCCAUAUGCAACCCCACCUCUUCCACAAUGAGUCAUCUUUGGUGGAGCAGAUGAUUCUCAACAAAAAAUUUGCCUUAGAACAUGGCAUUCCUACCGACAUGGGCUACGCAGUGGCCCCUCACCAUUCGGGCGUCUACCCUGUACAUGUUCAGCUUUACGAGGCCUGGAAGAAGGUUUGGAAUAUUAGAAUCACCAGCACUGAAGAAUAUCCACAUCUGAAACCAGCUAGAUAUCGGAGGGGCUUCAUCCACAAAAACAUCAUGGUUCUUCCAAGACAAACCUGUGGGCUUUUCACUCAUACAAUUUUCUACAAAGAAUAUCCAGGAGGUCCUAAAGAGCUGGACAAGAGUAUCCAAGGAGGUGAACUUUUCUUCACUGUGGUUCUCAAUCCACUUCUAGAAAAUGAGAUUGGAAGUAAGGAUAAUUCAUCUUUGGGCAAAAUCAGCACGUGUAUACAAAAAUCAAGAUGCUUUCAGAUCAGCAUUUUUAUGACGCAUUUGUCCAACUAUGGGAAUGACCGCCUGGGGCUGUAUACAUUUGUUAAUCUGGCCAACUUCGUGCAGACCUGGACCAACUUGCGACUUCAGACUCUGCCUCCAGCACAGCUGGCUCACAAGUAUUUUGAGCUCUUUCCAGAUCAAAAAGACCCUCUCUGGCAGAAUCCUUGUGAUGACAAACGCCACAGAGACAUUUGGUCUAAGGAAAAAACUUGUGAUCGCUUACCAAAAUUCUUGGUAAUAGGACCCCAGAAAACUGGAACCACUGCUUUGUAUUUGUUCCUGGUUAUGCAUCCUUCCAUCUUUAGUAACUCCCCCAGCCCAAAAACCUUUGAGGAGGUACAGUUCUUUAAUAGAAAUAACUACCACAGGGGGAUUGAUUGGUAUAUGGAUUUCUUCCCAGUCCCAUCUAAUGUCACCACUGACUUUCUGUUUGAAAAGAGUGCCAAUUACUUCCACUCAGAGGAAGCUCCUAAAAGAGCAGCUUCUCUGGUCCCCAAAGCCAAGAUCAUCACCAUCCUCAUCGACCCCUCAGAUCGAGCAUAUUCCUGGUAUCAGCAUCAGCGAUCUCAUGAAGACCCCGCAGCUCUGAAGUUUAGCUUCUAUGAAGUGAUCUCAGCUGGGCCCCGUGCACCCUCCGAGCUCAGAGCCUUGCAGAAGAGAUGUUUGGUCCCAGGGUGGUAUGCCAGUCACAUCGAGAGAUGGCUUGUUUAUUUCCCUCCCUUUCAGCUGCUAAUUAUCGAUGGGCAACAGCUAAGGAUGGAUCCUGCUACAGUGAUGGAUGAAGUACAGAAAUUUCUAGGAGUCUCUCCUCAUUAUAAUUACUCAGAAGCUUUAACAUUUGAUUCUCAUAAAGGUUUCUGGUGUCAGUUAUUGGAAGAAGGUAAAACAAAAUGCCUUGGAAAGAGCAAAGGAAGAAAAUACCCUCCAAUGGAUCCUGAUAGCAGAGCAUUUCUGUCAAGCUACUACAGAGAUCACAACGUGGAACUCUCAAAGCUGCUGCACAAACUGGGGCAGCCCUUGCCAUCCUGGCUGAGGCAGGAGCUGCAGAAAGUGAGAUAGCACUGAAAAACUUCUGGAGAAUCCAUCUGCCAUAUAAUGCUCACCUUUCCCAAAGCUUCCAGAAGCUACCAAAAGGCUGUUUAAAAAUAUACCUCUUCAAAUGAGAAAAAAGAACAAAGUUCCUUCCAUGUGCUGGCAUGUGGAUGAUUAGAAAACAACAACAACAACAAAAAAGAAAACAUACCUGUUACAAGCCUUGGGCCUAUGGCCUUUCUCUUAAUCCAUAUCUGAGCCUGUGGGAUUAUUGUAGACUACUGUGCACUCGUGGAAGUCAACUGCAACCAAUAUAGGUAUCAAACACAAAUGCAGAAUUGUUCCAUUUCAUAGUAAUAUUUACACUUUUAUAUAUCAACUAAGAUUGUGUCUCUGUAGAUUUUUAGACCACUGUUUGCCUGUACAAUGUUUUCUUAUUUGAUCCUAUAAAGUGUCCUACAAAAUGAGAAGAAAAAUAAACAUCACAAUGUAGCAUAAAAUGCCAAAGGCAUAAUACCCAUGAAAAAUGCUUGCCAAGAUAUAAAUCUAUGAAUAUUUAGAAAGAAUUAUAAAUUACAAUUUGUGCUAGACCAGAGAGUGAAAAAGUUAUAUAUGAGGUUUAUCUGCAUCAAAAUAAAAAGGUAAGUGCUAUAGCAAAAAAAUUGAUUUUUCAUAUACAUACUCUAGUGUAUUUAUGUAAAAAUUACUAACUCCUCUGUCAUAAUGUAAUUGCUAUUCUGAGAUAUGUUGUAAAGCCAUCAAAAGGUAUAUGGAAACACACUGAGAAUACUAAAAUGGUAAAUAGUAAUGUAAAGUGUACUCACUAAAUCUUCUAAAAGGGAGAAAUUAUAGGGGUCUGAAUAUAUAUCAUUGACAAGUUUUAUCCUCUUUUUGUGAGCUACAAGUCUACUCCAGUAGUCCUCACUGGUUCUACAGAAGUACUUGCAUAAAAUGUGAGGUAUGUGUCAUCUCCAGAAACAUACUGACUUUUUUUUUUUUCAUACUGACUUUUAAAAGUGAAUAACUUUUUAAAAUUUUUCUCCAGAACAAAACCUAUUAAAUGAAAAGUAAGCACAGUGUCUCUAAACAAUAUGUUAUGUUAUUCACAUUAAAAUUACAGAAAAACUACAUUUUUCCAGAUACCUAAAAAUGAAAUCAUGUAAUGUAGAGAUUAUAACAAAAAGACAAAUUGAUAUAUGAUUUUUAAUCUGAUAUUUCCCAUGAUACUUUUAAUAUAAGGCAGAAAAAAAUAAGCCAGGGCCAAGUCCCACUUUUUUUUUGAGAUUAUUUUGUAUAUUCUCUUGUGGAAGAUAAUAAAACACAGUUAAAUAUACAGAUUAUCUACCAAAUUAAAUGAGGAAGUAAAAAGAUAAGCUAGAUAUGAUUUCCUGAACUAUAUUUACACUUAAAUUUUAAAUAAGAUUAAUAAAGUAUUCAAAAAAGAAAAGAAUCAUACUUAUUGUCCUAUGCUUAUAUCUACUUAAUUUUUAAAUUCACUGUACACAUAAAAACAUUAAGUGGUAAAUACCUACUAUGAUUACAUAAGCUGUUAUAAAAUGUUAUCAAAAGUAUGAUCAGGGGAAAAAAAAAAAGAUAUGCAAGGAAAAGCUACAACCCAAAUACUUUUUCAUUAUAAUGUGUGAAACUGAACUCUAUCAGUUAUUCACUACUUAGAAAAUAAAGUUUGAGAUCCUUUCACUUACUAUAAAUUUCUAAAAUUACAUUAUGAUUAUUACGUAUUUUUUAUUAAAGUUUUACGUACUCAAAUGAUACACUAAUUUUUAAACAAUCUAAUAGUCAAAAGAAUUAGAGAAGGAGCAAGUUUUUAAGACCCCAAUUAAGGAAGCAAAAUCAGAGUCAUUUGGACAAAUAUGGCAAACUCAAUCUUUGUGCUUACUGCUGCCUUUUUUAAGCAGUACUUGCCCAGCAUGGAAGACAAAUGAAUAGUCUUUCAUCUCCACUAAUUUAAGAAAACUGGCUGAAGAGAGGCACACACAGUGAGAAUAGGCCCCAGCAGUUAUAUACAAUGUAAUGUUUUUAUUUUGACAUUUCUACUGAUAAAAAAAGAAAAAUGGUACAUUUGUGUUUUAAUGAUGAGAUGUAUAUUUAAAUUUCUAAACAAAGUGCUAAUGGCGUAAUUUUGUCUAGGUAAACUAACUCUACCAAACAGCCACCCUUUAAGAUAAAUGUUUAAAAACAUACGGGAUGCUUGUAUAAUGAAAUAAAAAGGAACAGAUCAUACCAAAAUUUACUCAUUCACAGUACAGGUAUUAUGCUAUCUAUAGUAGCAAACCUUUUAAAGGAUUUUUGAGCAUUCAAUGUAUCUUGGAGGCAACAUCAAAUUCUAGAGGACAUACAUACUUUUUACGUUAUGUACUCCAGCUGGUUAUUAUGCUAUUCUAAAAGGAACAUAAAUACAUGUGAGAAAAGAAUGAGAACUAAUGUGAUUUAAAACUAGCUUUGUAUAGAAUUCCUUUUUUCAUUGCUUAAAAUUGGAACUUCCUCAGGAAGAAAUGAAAUGGUUAUUUCAAUGUUCAUAGCUAUGAUAUUCUUGUCAUUCACAUUGAAUGAAAAUUACUGGAAACAUUUUUUCUCUGAGUUUUUUAAAAUAAAAAACCUGGAUAUAAUUCUGAUAGUAGCAUGGUACCUCAUAUGUACAACAAUAAACUGUGAUAAGAAAAUGAA